CAGCAGAAUUCAUUACGGCUACAACAGUGACCUUAGCCUGACCCAGUUGCAGCGCGCGUCUCUCUCCGCGUUGCAGCUGAAUACGCCGCGUGCGUACUACUCUCAGCCAACUGCAAGCUGGUCUUUGCUCAGCCACUCAUCGACGAAAAAAAAAACCAUUAGCUGCAUACGAAGGGAUUGGCAAGACCUCCGCUUUCAAACCUGUUUACCGCAGUGUUUCGUCCUGCAAAGACGAAGGUUUUACCUUCUCAAAUCCCGGAUAUUCUUGCUGUACACAUCCGAAAAGAUGUUCAAAAUGGAUAUAAAAUUGAGAUUAAUCUUCAUGGCCAUCAUGAGUUUCUACGUGCAAGCAGGCCAAGGCCCGGAUCUGUACUUUCCCUCUUUUGAAGAAGAUGAAGUUUACAUCUUGGAAAACACUUACCUCAAUAUAACCUUCUGGCUCAACACGUCUUCUUCAGAAGGCCCCAGUAAAGUCUAUAGACUAGAAAUAGAGACGAAGAGAAGUGAUGGCACUUAUGAAUAUGAUGGACGGCUUGUUAGUCGUAACAAUAAGUGUCUCAUCACAUAUGAACAUGCUGUUCACUGCACUUCUGACCAAGGCCCGGCAGAGCUUUAUAAAAUAGUGAAUCGAUCCCAUGAAGAAAUUACAUUCAGGUGGUCCUGGACAGACGUUGAGCAACAAAUAAUGAAGACAAGGCAACGUACAGUGAAGCUGAAAAUUCUUUGCAAACAGGACGUCACUCCACUGAAAGAAAAUUGCAAUGAAAAAAGACAGGGUUUAAAUAAGGAGCAAUGGGCGACCGUUCUACUUGCUGAAACUAUCAUUUGUGUUUCUAUUUUCUCCUUGACACUGGCUAUUCUCAAGAGUGGCAUAUGUUGCAGAAAGCAGGCCGUUGAUACCGAAUCUUUAAUUGGACCUGCCUCUCAGAGUAAGGAAGAAUAUCUUAAACACACAAAAGAGAAACUACACAAUGAUGCCGUGCUCGAAUGGAAAAAACCUACGUAUCCCAUUUACACAAAAUUUACAGACCUAAAGCCAAAACUGUUGAUAAAAUGGGAAACAAAUGUGGCGGAAAAACUAAAACAAUUACAUCAGAAUAUUCCAGUGAACAGUCAGCAAGAUGACAUGGUGUGCUUUCUAGUUCCUGAAACCAGUCUGAGAUGAGAACGGCCUGAUAUUCCACUUUGAUCAACAGGCAGAAGUCUAGUUGUUAGCACAAAUAUUUAUGCUUUGCAGUUAAUAAGACCAUUUCUUUACCACUCUAAUAUUCCAGAGGUUCUAAAUAUGACAUCACCAAACACAUAUACACUCUCACCUGAGUACAUAACUGAGCGUGUUUAAUGUCACGUGGGAAAUAGAUACCCGACUCCAUAGAGAAGUGGAAAGGAUGAAGCAAUACGAGAGAGGAGAUGUAUAAUUAACUCAUCUCAUCUCUCAAGAAGACAGCAAGUGCCAGGACACUAAGUGUGGGGAAGUGAAGACUGUGUCUUCCACCCAAGGCACAGAUCAUAGGAAGAUAAUAAACCAUGAAGACUUCACCUUUCAUGGAGACAUGGGAGAUGCGAAGAUGGAGAAGUGGGAGCUGUGUCUUCCAAGCAAUGCUUGUGCUAACCCUGGCAGGGUAUGCGAACUGUAAAGACUUUGUCUAACCUCUUGGUAAUGCUCGUCAAAAAUUACUUUGCCUUUAGUCUGAAGUUAGUCUUUCCUGAACUCAAGAUCAAACUAGAUGUAAUGUUUAGUACUGUUCAUUUCACUCUCUUAAUAUGCAAAACUAUACAGUACAAUGUAAUACGAUAUAGCAUGAUGCGAGAUAUUAUACGUAACGUCCGGUGCUGCUAUAUCUGUACAGACGAUCACAAAGUAUAAUAAUAUUAUUAUCAAGACUAUACACUAUUUAACUUUAAAGCAGGGGGAUACAUCAAUGCUUAUCCAUUAGAGAUGAUGAGUCAGGUGGCAUAUUUAGAAAUGGUUGAAGAAAACAUUGUAUUCUUAAAAUUUUGUGUAAAUUUAGUUUUUGCUCUAUUAUAUGUUUAAAUACAUUUAUCUCAACAUAUUCUAUCACGGUAUUGUAGAUGUUUAACUUUUUAACUGGAAACCCACUUUACAUACUAGAAAACAGCAGCAUCAGUGUAUCAUUCUGGCUGGACACAUUGUCUUGUAAAGAUACCGACGACAUACUAGAGGUACAGACCCUGUCAUCGACCAGUUCGUGUGUCCAUGUUUUUACAUUAUUUUAACCCCUUCUCGAGUCACGAAAUGUACAUCUCACGAGUUGAGAUGACAUAGUAGACUAGGGUAGUGUCCAUCGACGCUCGAUGCAACGUGGUACUGACCCCUUGUGAAAUGACCAAUAUUUUAUGGCUGGAAGAACUGAAGUACUUAUGGAUGAGAAAAAUCAUCUCCCAGGACCAUUCCUUGACCGACUUCUGUCCAGCACCCAACAGCACUUGGGUUAACUGUACGAGAUUGACCAACUGGCCUAUCGAGGAGUAGUGAGUACGCCAGUGGAGUACCGUAGGCCCCAUGACGUCACCGUGGAGUAACCCCGCUGUGACCCCGGUCACCGCCUCACUGACACGGCCAGGUGUACGACUUUCUAGUGUCGUCAACCAUGAGUUACGAUGAGCGACUAGAAAGUUUCUUACCCCCACCCUCAACUGAUUCUACGGGAAGUGCAAUUUGUGUUAUUUGUUACUUAGUUGGCUGGACAUGCGAAGGGCGACAACCCUAAGAUAGUUGAACGCAGAAUUGUGACUAUUGUUAUGGACGACUGAAAUUUUAAAGAGUGACCGAGAUGAUGCUUAGAAGGUGUAUGGUGGUGAGUUAGUGUGCAAGGAUAGGGCUGAUAUAUCGAGAACUCGAACUUUGGAAACUUUAAUGAGUAAGUUAUGAACUGAGAAAUUAAUACAUGUACUUCAUAGGAUAGACUUUUGACCAAACUCUAGUGAGAACUUAGUGUAGAUACAUAUUUAUCUGUGUUGUUCGCCAUAAAGUCCUGAGCCAUAACUAAUAAGGACAGAGGCGUUCUUGAUUAACAGGCACUCAUAUUCAUAAUAUAUGCGUACAUAUAUACAAACGUUUGCAUGAAGACAAGGAGACAUAAAGACAUACUAGUUUGGAUCUGCCAACAACUGGACCUUCAGUCUAGUUAUACAUCAGUAAGUUCAUUGGGGAAAGGGCUUCAGCUUUUCUUUGUUGAUGGCGAUAUUUUGUUUUAAAUUGUAAGUACAAUUCCAGUAAUAAAUGCUUUUGAGUGAAACCG